CCAGCUGUGAUAUGGCCACGAAGUCUCUCGCUAUACUGGCAAUGCUCUGGGUCUGCUUCCUACCUGCCGUGGCAGCUCUUCCAUUUCCCGCUGGACCAAGUGAUGAAGUCUGGAUAAGUGAAGCAUUUGGUGAAGUUUUGACAAAGACAUCAAUGUCUCACUGUUCCCUUAUUUUCUUUUUGGACAGUACAUCUUCCUAUAUAUACGAGGCUUUAAGGCUCCGUGUGGCCUCAACAAGGAUUGGCGGUAAUGUGGCCUUCGAGGUGGCAGACGAAGUGGGGCUUAACAUCACCAUUACUCAAGCAGUGGCUCAGGCUCGAAAGAUGCGGAUGAUGUCCUGGUGUGCCUUGAUGGUUGUCUUCAGCGAUAACCCGAUCUUCCUGUCUGUUUUCGCGGAGAUGGCUGAUAAGGGUCGGCUGAUGGUGUGGGAAACAAGACUCUUAGCAAUUACCAGGCUGCCUUUGUCGAACCUUCAGGAAUUGUUACAGAAUUACUGGACCUUCUCCAUGAUGAACACAAUGUUCAUGAAAAUGAAGGAAACAACUGGGGUAAACCACUGCCAGCUAUAUGGGCACAUGCCAUAUAGUCCAAGUGGAGCCCAGGUAGUGAAACUGGCAACUUUGAGGCCCGGCCACCUUUUAGUGUACUUAAAAAACAGAACACUCUUCCCUGAAAAGUAUGAGAAUUUUUAUGGUAUGAACGUGAACAUAUCAUGGCUCCCUUUAACACCCUACUGGACGGAAAUAAAACGGCUAGGACCAAAUGGUACUGAAGUAAACACGUACACGGGGAGAGAAUACUGGAUCAUGGAAAACAUAGGAUCAAUACUCAACUUUUCUCUCAAUCCUCUUCCGUUUAUAGGAGCGGAGGCCGUAAGGAAACGUUUGAGGACUCGGGAAGCUUUCCUGUGGCCUGUUAAUCUACCAGUAUUACCUCACAUGCUGAAUCUCUUUGACAUCAGUUUUUUUCUGGAGCCAUCCACCCUGGCCUUUACUAUGGUUAAGCCGUCCAUGAAAGCCACUUGGCAGAGCCUUUAUUAUCCACUCCGUAUCGAGGUCUGGGGAUUAGUUUUAGCUACGGUCCUAGUUGUAUAUAUUGUCCUUAUGUUGAUGAACCGCAAUGGGAAGGACAAGGGACCUGAUGCGUGGUUAGUAAUGAAGCAAGUACUUGGGACACUGCUUGACGAGGCCAUCCCAGGACAGCUGCCAUUACGAAGCACUACAAGGAUAGUAUUGACAGCCUGGCUCCUCUUCUCCUUCAUCGUAGGAACAGUUUACCGCAGCAACCUCACCGCAUCCCUUACUGUAAUAAAGCAUCCUCCCCGUAUCACGAGUUUCGCCGAACUCGUCGAUGCAGGAACCAAGCAAGUGCGCUGUGAAUAUGAUGGGUGUUAUUAUUAUUAUUAUUAUUAUUAUUAUUAUUAUUAUUAUUAUUAUUAUUAUUGCUGUUGUUGUUGUUAAUGUCUUAUUUUACAAAAUGAAGAAUUCUGGUCGUGGACAUCAUGGAUAUGUUUUACGACAACUUCAUACAGUCAAGAUCAGAGGUACUGCGAACGAUAGCAGCAAGAAUGGAGAUGGUUCCCAGUCAUAUGGAUGGAUUGACAAGAUGUCUUACUGAAAACGCAGCCUAUCUUUUUGAAGGACAAUUAAUAGAAGUAAUGAUCGCUGAGGACUUCACGGAUAAAUGGCAAUCAACACCCUUGUACGUUACAAAAAACAAUCUUUUGGCGGAUUUUACGGCGUUUUUGUUGAUACGAGAUGCUCCUUUUAAACCAAAUUUUGACUACUGCCUGAUCACAUUUCAGGGGGCUGGACUGAUAGGAAAGUGGAAAACAGACAUGAUGGAUCAGAUUCGCAGAGGAAGGCGGCAGAAACGAAGUAACUCCACCAUAGUAGAGAUCCAGGGAACUAUCAAGCCUCUCACUCUCGUGCAUAUGCAGGGGCCACUCUUCCUUUACCUGUUGUGUGUCAUCGUCUCCUUGGUUGCCUUCUUUACUGAGACAUUAUUUGGGGUCUGUCUUCACUAACAUUAUUCACGUUAAUGUUCCUAAAUAAUGUAGAUAUAAUAUAAAUAAUAAUAAUACAGAUGAUAUACCAAAUAAUGGUAAAUAUAUGAGAAGGAAUGCCAAGUAAACAUUUUCUAUUUCCUUUGGGUUACUGUAGUUGUUUGUACUCCUCUAAUUUCUUUUUAUUCUUAAAAACUAGAGAGCAAUUUUUUUUUGUCAUGAAAUAGGCUGCUUAAUGAUUUUUGCGAUCUCUCAAAUUUACAUAGUAAAAAAGGUGUUAAAAUUAUUUUGGAGAAGUUCAAAUAGGCAGAAUAAGAAGCAGAAUUCCAGUGUUUGUCAUCGAACAUGUGAAGUACCCAUACUGUCUGCUGCUGAGUUAUUGGCUGACUAGCUGUGAACGGGAUAUAAAGGACUGUGAAAUAGAAUAAGGAGAAUUAAAGUAGGAGGAACAUGAAAAUACUGGCAGUGACGAAAGGUAGCAGGUGAAUUAUUCCUGUCACUCCACAUAAUGUACCAUUUUAUUUUUAAGAUCAUUUUACAUUUCUACCAUUAAGUAACAUUACAGAUCCAUGAGUAUGACGUGCCCACAGGCGUGGUUCAGGACGUCAGUCAGGUAGAGGGUAGAUUUGUAGACGAAGCUUAUGUAGGCUCACGGCCAUCUGACACUGACGUUCAAUCGAGAGAGACACUCAGGGACAUUCCUGGUGAGACUGAGGUGGAACUUUGGUAGAUUUCUUUGUCGAAGAAUGUAUCUGUCCGUCUAUGUAGACCCUGAGGACUCACAGAACAAACAGCUGACGACUGAACAGAAACAACUGUUAGGCUAGGUAUAUUAUACUUCUGCUUGCAGACUUAUAUUUAUCAUGAGUGUUCUAAUGCGUGUUCAAUUUCCGGCGACGCCAUUCUUAAGAUGAAAUCACCUGCCAUCAGGUAAUAUCAUGAGUGCUUCCAUGAUGCCUUAACGCUAGGUAAUGACACUGGUGGAGGCGGUGGAGAUCUCUGAAGGUGGAUUGCUUCAAAGGACAAGGGUUUAGUUGUAUGCCACGAAUAUAAGAGAGAGAGAGAGAGAGAGAGAGAGAGAGAGAGAGAGAGAGAGAGAGAGAGAGAGAGAGAGAGAGAGAGAGAGACGCACGGUUUGUUUCGGUAGGGAAAAUUAAAUGAAGCCCAAAUUAAUGAAAAAAAGAAUGUCGCGUUGUGACAUGACGGUCAUGGCUGACAAAAGUGAUUCAGGUCUUGACGAUCAUCCUGUUAUAACUGGUAACAUGUCCAUUGUUCCGAGAAGCCUCUCGUGUCCAAUUUAUCUGGUCUUCAAAUCAAAUUCUGUGCUACCAUGAUGCAAAGAUGGAAAUGGUAUUCCAAACCUUUAAGCUUCUCUCGUUUACCUUCAAACUCUUUCAUCCUAACUCCAAGUUCGUAUCUCAUAAUUCCAUUAUUUUUCUCUUAACUCAAUAUUCUUUCUCUAAUCCCCAAGUCCUUUGUCAUUCCCUGACUCUCUCCUUUAUAACUCCUAUCCUUAUUAUCGCAAUUCCAUCCAAUAAUUUUAACUCUCUCUCUCUCUCUCUCUCUCUCU